UUGGAUUCACACACACACACCUUGAGAAAAAUCAUAGUUUUUGGAUUGAAAAUGGCUUGGAUUUGGGCGGCGGCAGUAGCAGCAGCGAUCCCAUUAUUCCUCUACCUCCUUCAUCAAUGGCGGAACCUCUCAAACAAGAAGAAGAAGCUCCCUCCCGGCCCCAAAGGCCUUCCAAUCAUCGGCCAUUUCCACCUACUCAGCAGCAAUCCUCACCAAGAUCUCCACCUGCGCCUAGCCCGCAAGCACGGCCCGAUCAUGUACACGCGCUUCGGCUCCAUCCCAACCAUCAUCGUCUCCUCCCCCUCCGCCGCCGAGCUCUUCUUAAAGACACACGACCUCAUCUUCGCCGACCGCCCCCACCACGAGGCCGCCUACCACCUCGGCUACGAGCAGCGCAACAUCGUCUUCGGCCGCUACGGCCCCUACUGGCGCAACAUGCGCAAGCUCUGCACGCUCGAGCUCCUCAGCUCCCUCAAGAUCGCCCAGUUCGAGCCGAUGAGGAAGGCGGAGCUGGGGAUCUUUGUAAGCGCGCUGAGGGAGGCGGCGGCGGCGCGUGAGGCGGUGGAUAUGGGCGUGAGGAUCGCGUCGGUGAGUGCUGAUUUGAUCAGCUUGAUGGUGUUUGGGGGCAGGUUUGUGGAGUGGGAAUUGGACGGCGCGAGGUUUAAGGAGGUGAUGACGGAGGCGGUGGCGGAGGGCGCGGCGUUCAAUCUCGGCGACUACUUCCCGUCGUUGAGGUGGAUGGAUCUUCAGGGCUCGGCGCGGCGUCUGAAGAAACUGAGCGUUAUCUUCGAUGCGUUUCUUGAGAGGAUCAUCGACGAUCAUGGGCGGAAGGAGGAGAGGAGCCUCGAUUUCGUCGAUACCAUUAUGGCGAUUCACGACUCCGGCGACGCCGGAUUUGAGUUCGACCGCCGGCAUGUCAAGGCCGUGUUGCUGGAUAUGCUGAUUGCAGGAAUAGACACUUCCUCAGCAGCUGUGGAAUGGACACUGUCCGAACUAAUCAGGCAUCCAACAGAAAUGAAGAAACUCCAGAAAGAUCUAGAAGAAAUCGUGGGGCCAAACCAAAUGGUGGAUGAAUCUCAUCUCUCCAACCUAAAAUAUCUUGAUUGUGUGAUCAAAGAAUCCAUGAGGCUCCACCCCGUCGGCCCCUUGCUCGUCCACCAGGCCAUGGAAGACUGUGAGGUCGACGGCUUCCACAUUCCAAGCAAAGCUCGAGUUCUUGUGAAUGUCUGGGCCAUCGGGAGGGAUCCCGAUGCCUGGAUCGACCCCGAGAGAUUUGCUCCCCAAAGAUUUCUGGGAAGCAACGUGGAUCUCAGGGGUCGAGAUUUUCAGCUCAUACCAUUCGGGUCGGGUAGAAGGGGCUGCCCCGGCUUGCAAUUGGGGUUGACCGUGGUUCAGCUCAUGGUGGCGCAAUUGGUUCAUUGCUUUGAUUGGGAGCUCCCCGAUGGAAUGGUGGCCGCUGAAUUGGACAUGUCUGAGAAAUUUGCUUUGGUCACUUCCAAGGCUAAGCAUCUCACGGCUAUACCAAUUUAUAGGUUAAGCGUUUGAAUAAAACUUGGAAUUUUCUUUUUUAUUUUCAUGUUGUGGAGAUCGCUAAUCACUGCAAACUCAAAGAUUUCCCAUUUCUAAUGUACUCCAUCCGUCCCAUUAAUAAAGAUAUAGGUCUUUUGGGCACGGAGAUUAAGGAAAGGUAGAUUAGUUGUUAAA